AUGAACAAACUUUCACCUAGCGAGAACAACAGUACAUGUGACCUUGAUAUAACUAUUAGGAUCACUGACUACAAUCCCACCACAACAGCAAGACUGGACGUCGACCAUGUCAUCAAAGACUUUGAAGGGAUGAUUAGGCUUCCAAAGGCCGAAGAAGUAAACACAACGUGUACUAUAUGCUUGGAGAACUACACCCGUGCAUAUCUUCAGUUUUCCUUGCAUGGAUCAAUGGAUUUAUAG